UAAUGAAUCUAUUGGAGCAAACGAGGCAAGACCGCAUCAUGCGACUCCAAACCUAAACGAGAAAGGAAAAGAAAUGGAGAAGAAACGAGAUUAAGAAUUGGGGUUUGGAAAAGGUGGUCUCUUGCGUCGAGAUCGAAACCAUCUUCUUCUUCCAAACCAUUCCAGUAAAACAUGCGACGAGGGAGAGCCACCGCUGCUGUCGCCGCCGUCCAUCCCCCGCCGGACCAGGAGCCUCCCACCAAGGAGACGCGCUUUCGUGGCGUCAGAAAGCGUCCCUGGGGGCGAUUCGCGGCAGAGAUUAGAGAUCCGUGGAAAAAACAGCGCGUGUGGCUCGGCACCUUCGAUUCAGCCGAGGAUGCGGCACGGGCCUACGACGCCGCGGCCCGAUCCUUCCGUGGUCCCAAGGCCAAGACCAAUUUUCCUUUCCCGAACCCCGAGACGGAUCACUCGCACUCGCAGAUUCCGCUCUACCAGGCCCACGGGUUCUCCAAGUUCGACCCUGUCCAGGUGAACCGGCCCACCACCAGCGGCAUGAGCAGCACGGUCGAGUCCUUCAGCGGGCCUAGGGUUCCUUCCUCCUCCACUCUCCACCCUCGCAAGCCCAUCGUUAACCCUGUUGUUCCUCCUCUCGACGAUUGCCACAGCGAUUGCGACUCUUCUUCCUCCGUCGUCGAGGACGAGGACUGCGUCCUCACCUCCUCGUUCCGGCAACCCCUCCCCUUCGAUCUCAACCUCCCGCCGCCAGGUGCCGACGACGACAUCCCGGCCACCGCGCUCUGUCUCUGAUGACGGAUCGGUAUAAUCCUUCUCCUCCUCAUCUUCAUCUUCUUGUUCCAUCGAUGUCCUUUAAUUAAUUAAUGUUUACGAGUUGUUAGAUUGUUGUGGUGUUGUAGAGUAAUAUUAUAGGCAUGGAGGGAUGGAGGUUUGUGUGGUGGUGGUUGUGGCUGUGUUGUUGUAAGUUAUUUGGAUCCUGUGUCAUAGCAUUGGACCUGAUCUGAAAACUGGUUGGUGCUUAUGCUUUCUUCAUGGAUCUGCUUCUUACCUUACCUUACCCAAUUAGAACUUACUCUUUUUGUUUUUUUUUUUGUACAAAAAUUAUGGCAAUCAGAUCAUAGAAUAAAUUACAUUCUAAUCAA